UGCGCAUGCGCAUUAAAAUUCAUUCCGUUAGCUGUCAAUGUACUUUAUUUUUCUUUAACAAAACUUUGAGGGCAGAAGCCAAUUAAUGCAUUCAAGUCACUCAUCUGAGGAGCUUUAAUUAUUUUUUGAAUACCACUACAAAUUCUUAUAUGAUCUUUCUUUGGUUGUCUUAUCUCCGAAUGAAAAAAAGUUGGCAAACACGACAACAGCGGACAGAUUCACUCACGUUUGCGCAUUUACGACGUCCUUUUUGGCAAAGACUUUGAAUCGUGUUGAUUUGUGAUGGAUCUAAACGAGGAUCGCUCGUGUUUUCGUCUCCAAAACACCGUGAGAAGUAGUUAGUAAAGUGCUAUGUUCUGUUAGCUGAGGUGGCAGGGUCCAGCGGUGUGGUGUAGUCCAGGUGGCUUUGUUGUGAUGGGAAACCGGGGGAUGGAGGAGCUCAUCCCGCUGGUCAACCGGCUUCAGCACGCCCUGAGCUCCGUGGGCAUCGCGGGACAGGACUACAGCCUCCAUCUGCCUCAGAUAGCCGUGGUUGGGGCGCAGAGUGCGGGCAAGAGCUCCGUCCUAGAAAACUUUGUCGGCAGAGACUUUCUUCCAAGGGGAUCUGGAAUUGUGACUCGGAGACCAUUAGUUUUACAGCUACUCAACUCUGAAACAGAGUAUGGAGAAUUUUUACAUUGCAGAGGAAAGAAGUUUACUGACUUUGAUGAGAUUCGAGUGGAGAUUGAAUCUGAGACAUACAGACUUACUGGGACCAAAAAGAUGAUUUCCCCUUUACCCAUUCAUCUACAAAUCCACUCUCCUCAUGUACUGGAUUUAACUCUUGUGGAUCUGCCUGGCAUUACAAAAGUACCUGUGGGUGAUCAGCCUGCAGAUAUUGAGUACCAAGUACGAGACAUGAUCAUGCAGUACAUCUGCAAGGAGAACUGUCUCAUUCUGGCAGUUACCCCAGCCAACACAGACCUGGCCAACUCUGAUGCAUUGAAACUAGCAAAAGAUGUUGACCCACAAGGCCAACGCACAAUAGGAGUAAUCACUAAGUUAGACCUCAUGGACAAAGGAACUGAUGCUCGGGAAAUACUCGAGAACAGACUGCUUCCUUUACGCAGAGGUUAUGUUGGGGUGGUGAACCGCAGUCAAAAGGACAUUGAUGGGAAAAAGGAUAUUAAGGCAGCUCUGCAGGCAGAGAAGAACUUUUUUCGAUCUCACCCGGCCUAUAGUCACAUCGCUGCUAGAAUGGGCACACCAUAUUUGCAAAAAACACUUAAUCAGCAACUGACAAGUCAUAUCCGGGAGAAACUACCAGCCUUCCGUAGUCAUUUACAUAGUCAGCUUUUGUCCUUGAAUAGAGAGGCAGAGGAGUACAGGAAAUAUGUCCCUGAUGACCCCACCCGGAGGACCAAGACACUACUACAACUUGUUCAACGCUUGGCUGUUGACUUUGAGAAGCUAAUUGAGGGUUCAGGUGAUAAAGUUGACACAGAAUAUUUAUCUGGAGGCGCCAAGAUUAACAGAAUCUUCCAUGAACAGUUUCCACAUGAACUGGUCAAGCUAGAGUCUGAUGAAAGGGAUCUUCGUCGAGAGAUCACAUACGCCAUCAGAAAUAUCCAUGGAGUUAGGACAGGUCUGUUUACACCUGAUCUGGCAUUUGAAGCGAUUGUCAAAAAGCAGAUCUCCAGACUGAAUGAGCCAUGUAUGAAGCUUGUUGAUUUGGUCAGUCAAGAGCUCAUCUCCACUGUAUACCAGUGUAUCAAUAAGCUUGCCUCUUUUCCCAAACUGCGAGAUGAGACAGAGAAAAUUGUCAACACUGAAAUACGGGAGCAAGAAAGUAAAUGCAGAGAUCAGAUUUUGCUGCUAAUUGAAGUACAACUUGCCUACAUAAAUACCAAGCAUGAAGAUUUUGUUGGUUUUUCUUGUGCCCAACAAAUAAUCAACCAAAACAAUAAGAAGAUUGCUGCAAAUGUUAUAGGAAGCCAGGGUGUGACCCCUCUCUCGAGUCUAAUAGUAAUACGCAAGGGUUGGCUGACAAUCAAUAAUAUUGGCAUCAUGAAAGGUGGUGCAAGAGAAUACUGGUUCGUCCUCACUGCAGAGAGCCUGUCCUGGUUCAGAGAUGAUGAGGAGAAGGAGAAAAAGUACAUGCUGCCAUUGGACAAUGUGAAAUACAGGGACAUUGAGAAGAGCUUCAUGUCGAACAAAUUCAGCUUUGCCCUCUUCAACACAGAGCUAAGGAAUGUGUAUAAGGACUACAGACACCUCGAGUUGGCCUGUGUUUCGCAGGAGGAGCUGGACAGCUGGAGGACUUCUCUGUUACGGGCUGGAGUCUACCCUGAGAACACCACUGGGAAUGGGACACCAGAAAACUUCACAGACCCCCAACUGGAGCGCCAGGUGGAAACCAUACGCAACCUUGUCGACUCCUACAUGAACAUCAUCUACAAAACCAUCAGGGACCUAAUGCCAAAGACUGUUAUGCACAUCAUAAUCAACAGUGUUAAGGAGUUCAUCAGCUCGGAGCUCCUGGCCCAGCUCUAUGCUCUGGGAGAAAGCUCCUCUCUGAUGGAUGAGUCACCCAAGCAACAGCAGCAUCGAGAAGAUGUGCUGCGAAAACACACGGCCCUGAAGGAGGCGCUGUCUGUGAUCGGAGAGAUAUCCACAGCUACCUGCACCACCCCACUGCCUCCACCUGUUGACUCAUCCUGGGUCCUUCCAUGCAGUCCAAAUCAUCAUACAAAUAAAAGUAGCCGGAGUAAGUCUGCUUCCCGUACUCCGGCCCCUCCUGGCCCUGCCCCGCCACCACCAGCACCCUUAAAUGAAGAUGGGGAUAAUCACCACCACCGCCAACAGCACCACAGGACUCGCUGUGUCCCUAGGAGGCAACCCCCUGCUGUCCCAAAAGUCAAAUUGUGAGUUUCCUGUGAUGUGCUGAGUUGCUGCUGAAAUCCAAAGAUACCCAUGGUCUGAUGUCUAACCCAGCUGAUGCAUGAGGCUGGGCUGUGUGCCCUGUGGGAGCUGCUGUCUGCAAAAUUCACUGUGCCUCUUGUCUGUUUAGUGUAAACCAAUAGCCAUAAAUACUGGAAUACUUGUUAUCUGUAAGCAGAAUGUCUCCAGUUAAGAUUGUUUAUAUUAUAUCUAUGCAAUGUAAUUUCUUUCUACAAUACACACAUUUUACUUUAUAUAACAUCAUGUAGGCCUAAGCACUACCUUUUUAUGUCACAUGUCUGCAGUUCUCGUUUUGUUACAAUAAGGGAGAGGCUUUUUUUUUUAAAUUCCAUAACUUUUGAUGUUAACACAAAUAUGACUGUAUUUUUCAAUAAACUGAAUUAUGUU